UUUGCAGCACGUGACAAAUCUCCACCCUCGAGCUUUCCAACAUGUGGAGCGCAGAGACGCGCAGCGUUGCAAUAGAUCGACCAAAACCUUAGCGUGUGCUCAUUCAAGUCCUGAUCUUAGAUUUCGGUUCAUCAUGUCAAGCAGCUGCGAAGCUUCGUCGACCUGCCCGAUCCCAAGCCGCUCCAGCUGGCCUCCGCUCCCUGACAGCUACAGUCAAACUCCUGGAGGAACUCUGUUUUCAACAACUCCCGGGGGGACUCGGAUCAUCUAUGAUCGAAAGUUUCUCUUGGAAUGUCGAAACUCGCCGAUCGCACGCACCCCACCCUGCUGCCUCCCCCACAUACCAGGGGUCACCAGGCCCUCGCUGCAGCCAGCAGAGCAGGAGGAUGACAGCAAAGAUCUCGGAGUUGAUGACAGCCAGUUUGUGUUGGAUAUGUGAUGGAUGUCUCCAGCUCGUCUCAGCCUGUUCUACCAGUGCCCGCCAUCUGAGGGAUGAUCACACAGCUGUGGAUUCCUUCAUUUAUGCCUCCAUGCAUUAUUUUUACUUUAUCUAAAUAAUGAAAUGCUCCGAGCAAUUGUUUCUGUUGUGGGGUGGAGCGUUUUGAGUUUGCUGGGGUGUUAUGGUGAAAAUGCAGCUUCUGGUGCUGUUUAUUUCAGUGCCUUCAUUACUCUUUUUAUUUACAACCAUUCUGAAGGUGACCUCUAUAUAAUCUACAUUUUAACUGUCUGAGGAUGGUUCAAAUGCAGUUAUUUCACUUUUUUAAUGGAACUAUGACCCUGUGAAGGGCAUCUAAGUCAUAUAUUCCAGAAAUAAACAGUUGGGAUGAUGAUUUUUGUACUGUUUACUGUUCGUAUUCUCUGGAUGUAAUGUGACAUUUUGGAAUAAAACAAAAACAAAACGGUUUAAAUCUU